AUGUCGACAUACGCCACCCACCCUUGCGAAGCCCCCGUUACCUUCCUCUGCGGACAUAUUUUCCACAAACGCAGAGCAUACCAUGGUCCUACUAUGCAGGUUCCGAGCGUCCCCAGCUCCCUAUCGGGUGCGGUACCACCUUGGAGUAAUAAUGCGCCCGUUCCGUGUAAGUUGUGCAGAGAAAAUAAGUUGUGGGAGUAUGAUUGGAGGAGGAGGGUUUGGAUGAAGAAGGAUAAUGUUUGCAACGGCAACAACCACCCAAAAACCCAUCACCCAACCGCCAUCAUGCUCCCAACCCCCGACACCUCCCAUGUGCCUUACCAGCGCGUCUACGAACCAGCCGAGGACUCCUUCCUCCUGCUCGACACGCUCUCGUCCCCCUCCGAAACCGCUUUUCUCUCAUCCCGCUUUGCCUCCCCCAGUCCCUCCUCCCCUUCCCCAGCGCCUUUGGUUCUGGAAGUCGGCCCCGGCUCCGGCGUCGUGAUCGCCUUCCUAACCGCGCACGCCUCCACCAUCUUUGGCGGCCCGCAUGUCCUAACAACCGCCAUCGACGUGUCCCCCUUCGCCUGUGCCGCCACCAACCUUACCGUCUCCAAGGCCGUUUCCGAAAAUACUUCCACCUCCGGUUUUUGGACGUCAGCAACCCAAGGUGACCUCGUCUCCCCCUUUCGCCCCGGGUCGGUAGAUGUCCUGGUCUUCAACCCGCCCUACGUCCCCACGCCUGACUUGCCUGCGCCGCCACCGACAGGGUUGCAGGAACUGAAGGACAAAACGACGUUUGAGGAAGAUUCGCAUCUGUUGGAGUUGACGUAUGCUGGAGGGAGGGAUGGAAUGGAGACGACGGAUAGACUGAUUGAGGCCUUGCCGGGGGUGUUGAGCGAGAGGGGGGUGGCGUAUAUUCUGCUUUGUGCGCAGAAUAAGCCGGAGGAGGUCAAGGGGAGGAUCAGGGCGAUGGGUGGUGAAGGGAAGUGGAAGGCGGAGACGGUGGGGACUAGUGGGAAGCAGGCGGGUUGGGAGAAGUUGCAGAUUGUGAGGGUUUGGAGGUAAAUGGAGGGACGGAAUGCUGGUGAUGGGUUGAGGAUGGGGAGGAAAGCGCUGAAGAGGGUGGAAGAGGGGGAAGGACGAUGGUCAGUCACGUACAAGGCUCGAAAAUUCUGGGGGAGAUUUGGUAUAGAGAGUUGCUGAUUGUCCCGCCUUCUCCAGUGGGCAUAUAUCGCCGUCUAUCUGUUUUGUAAUACAUAAAAUAGUUCAUUCCGGUGGCGGUUGGGCGCGCCUUUCUCUCUCUCCCUUCCCGCUAGCAAAGUGAUUUUAUCCUGUCCAGAACGCCGCAACGAAAUCCCAAUGCUUGCCCUCUGCUCCGAUCCGAUGGGGGGAGUGGUGUUUAUGUGUGUAACACUCGAUGCGAAUGAGGUGAAUCUUGAGUGUCGCUCAAGUAAAGAUCUGGGAUAUGCUCCUCGAUUUUGUGAAGCGCACUCAUCGUCGAUUUUGUCGUGUCGUCGCCACCGGACGUUAUUUCGGGCUGGCCUUGAUCUUCCCAACCAAGACGGUCAAGCCGGUCGACCGAAGGGGGCAUAAAAAACCGAAAAAAUUCCACCAUUAACCGUAGUAUAGCAUCGUAUCGUCUCUGAAAAAAAGAAUCUAAUUCGCACGUUUCUGUCGUCCAGGGAGACGUACGCCGUGGCCGAUCCCAAAGAAACGAGAUCCGCUUAGCCACGGCCACGACCGCGGCCGCGACCCAUUCCCCUUCCUCUGCCACGGCCACCACGGCCACCUCUGCCGCCGGCGCUGCGGUCCGCUUCCUUUCUCGCCUUGUUCUUGGGCUUCACGGAAUCGUCAACUAGCAAUGUAUCGAGCGGCAAAGAAUCGGGAAG